AUGAACCAGCCGAUAGAACCAGACCACAUCAAUGUUCCUACGGAGGCUCUCGAGUCGCUCCGACUGCGACUGACCCAGGUCAGCCACUCGCUCAACACUCUCCAAGCACAACUUCACCAACCUACGCUUCCUCCUUGGUCUUCUCUACACAACCAGUUCAACGUGCUACUGACACAGCUGGUGUCGUUAUCGUCGACCAUCACUCACCAGAGCGACAUUCUUCAGCAGACGGUGACGUUUCCUCUGCCUGCUUUCCCCACAGCCACAGAAGCAGGUCUUAUGGCUACUCUACUGCGAAAAAAAAUCCUGCCAGAGGUGGAGGAGUGGUGCGAGGAGGUGAAGCAGAAGGCGCUGGGCGUCAAAAUCCGAACCGUCGACCAGUACGGCGAGUGGGCUGCCGAAACGGUCGAGGAGGCCAAACAGGAGUACGAAUGGUACGGGCUCAUGACCAGAGAAGAGGUGGACAACGGAGUCAAGCCGCCAGUGUACGUGGCUCCAGAAGAGGAGGCGGGAGAAGGAGCAAAGUUGACCAUUGAGCAGAUUCUGCAGUUUACAUGUGCUGGAAAGAUGCCCACUGUUGCGUAA